UUUUGAUUGAAUGAAUGUUUGUUUACAUUUGUGGCGAAAACAUUGUCUCACAAAACAAAUCGUCAAUUGAUUGCUGACCACAAGACUUAGGAAGUGAUUACACAUUCAGACACCAAGUGAUUGACUCCAAGAAGUGUUGAAUCGGUUCCGCAUUCAGUGAUCCCCAAGAGUAUUACAAUCGAUGUCCCAAACGAUGACCACUCGAGUCAAGGAUCAGAUGUCGAGCGAAAUGAAGACAGAAGUGAAGACUGAGUUCGCGAAUCAGUGUUUGUCUGCAGACAUGAAUGACAUGAAGAUUGGAGUGAAGAGUGGGUCCAUUGGCUGUCAA